AUGAAGGCUGUCCUCCUGGCCCUGCUGGCCGCUGGCCUGGCGCUGCAGCAAGGUUCAGCCCUGCAGUGCUACUUCUGUAAGGACAAGGUCAGCAACGCAGGCUGCCAGCGAGUGAAGAACUGCACCAGCGCCCAGACCCAGUGCUACACUGAGCGCAUCCGUGCUAUUGGCCUCCUGACUGUCAUCAGCAAGGGCUGUAGCUCACACUGUGUGGAAGACUCGCAGGACUACUUCGUGGGAAAGAAGAAUGUCACGUGCUGCUCCACCGACCUGUGCAACACCAGCAGGGCCCACGACCUGCAGCCGGCCCUGGGUACCGUGGCACUGCUCAGCACACUCGGCGGCCUGCUGUUCUGGGGCCCUGGACAGCUGUAGC